AAGCCACUCGGGGCUAGCUCACAACUCUGCGCCAGCAUCCCGUGUGGAGGAGGAGGAGACUAUAAUUAUCCUCCACGUCUGGGGCAGGUCCUCGGAUGACAUCUCCCCAGUUACCCUGUGCCCUAAUUGCGCAGCUCCGGUUCCUGGUGCCAGACGCGACGCAGCCGGCUUGGAGCCCGGGCAGGAAGCGAGCGCCGCCGAAGCGCCCGGCGCCUCUCGGGCCUCCCCGGCUCCGCCGGCCCUUCGCAGCCGCGAGCACCUGCAAAGAAACCCAGGCCCCCAGGCUAGCGCCCCGGGGCGCGCCGGGCGUUGCUAUAACAACCGGGCGCCCGCCGCAGAGGCCGCCGGGGAGGAAGUGACGAGCGCGUUUUGAAAACGGAGCAGUAGCCACAAAAUCAGCGGCGAACCUGUUAAAAGAACCCACACGUGUAUUUCACAGCACCUUGGGUGGAAAUUGGCGUGAAAAUGAAGCCAGACCGAGAUACUCUGGAUGAAUAUUUUGAAUACGAUGCAGAGGAGUUCUUGGUCUCUCUGGCCUUGUUAAUUACAGAAGGACGAACACCUGAAUGUUCUGUUAAAGGUCGGACGGAAAGUUUCCAUUGCCCUCCAGCACAGUCCUGUUACCCUGUAACUACCAAACAUGAAUGCAGUGACAAGUUGGCCCAGUGUCGCCAAGCCAGACGAACUAGGUCUGAGGUUGCAUUGCUGUGGAAGAAUAACCUUCCAAUCAUGGUGGAAGUGAUGCUACUACCAGACUGCUGCUACAGUGAUGAUGGGCCCACCAUAGAAGGAAUUGACCUAAAUGAUCCUGCAAUCAAGCAAGAUGCGUUAUUAUUAGAGAGAUGGAUAUUGGAGCCAGUUCCUCGACAGAGUGGCGAUCGAUUUAUUGAAGAGAAGACUCUCCUAUUGGCUGUCCGCUCAUUUGUGUUUUUUUCUCAAUUAAGUGCUUGGCUGAGUGUUUCUCAUGGUGCUAUUCCACGAAAUAUUCUUUACAGAAUCAGUGCUGCUGAUGUAGACCUACAGUGGAAUUUUUCACAGACUCCAAUUGAACAUGUGUUUCCUGUUCCCAAUGUUUCUCACAACGUGGCCUUGAAAGUCAGCGUUCAGUCCUUGCCCAGACAAUCUAAUUAUCCCGUUUUGACCUGUAGUAUUCACACUAAUAUUGGCCUUUAUGAGAAAAGAAUUCAAGAACAUGAACUCAAAACCCAUCAGCACCGAAAUUCUACUGAAGCAGAACAAUGUAGUACAAACAGUUCACAACGUCUGUGUAGCAAACAAACUUGGACCAUGGCACCCGAAAGCAUAAUAUUACAUGCAAAAAAUGGCACAACUCCAGAAUAUACUGCAGCUGUCAAAAAUGUCAAACUGUAUCUGGGCACUAGCAGUAAAGCUGACUAUGGAACAUCUCAAGGCAAUAUUCUGGGCUUCAGUGGUAUAGGAGAUAAAAAGCCACAUGAAACAUCAGUGAGAACUUUAAAAUCAUUUUCAGUGAUUGAUUCCAGUGAAUCUAGCCGCCAGAGUUCCUGGCAGUCAGUUGGUGAGACUAAUCCUUUAAUAGGCUCUUUAAUUCAGGAGCGACAAGAAGUUAUUGCAAGAAUAGCUCAGCAUUUGAUUCACUGUGAUCCAAGCACUUCACAUGUUUCUGGACAUCCACUUAAUACACAAGAAUCUAGUUCACUUAAUUCAAAACUUUUCUGGGUUUCACAGGAAAAUGAAAAUGUGAAAAAAUGUAAAGAAACAUUCUCCAUUUCUUUUGGUAGUCCAGAGCUCACCUCCUCAGAAGACACCAAUGAAGGGAAAAUUCGAGGAAAACUAGAAACUCCUCGAAGUGACACUUGCAUCUCUAAUGGUCUUCAUUCUCGUCAGUCUGUUGGUGAGACUAAUCCUUUGAUAAGCUCUUUACUCCAGGAACGGCAAGAUGUCAUUGCAAGGAUUGCUCAGCACUUGGAGCAUAUUGAUCUAACGGCAUCUCAUAUGCCCCGGCAAUCAUUCAAUAUGCAGGAUUCCAGUUCAGUUCCUUCUAAAGUGUUUAGGAGUUCCUAUGAAGACAAAAAUUUGUUGAAAGAAAACAAGGAUGAUGCCUCUGUUUCCAUUUCUAAUACAAAACUUUCCUUGUUAGAUGACAUCAGUGAAGGGAAAAACUUAGUACCUAAUAAAUAUUUUAGUUCUUUUAAAUGCAGUAGUAAAGUCAAGCCUUCUUUGAAACUUCAAACAAGAAGAAAUCUGUAUCAGGACAAUCCUAGUGAAAUCCAAAGUACAUUUCGAGAGACACAGAACAAAGCCACUGGUUUAACAAGUCCUUCAAAUAUGUCUCAUUGCAAAGAAAAUAACUUAGAUUUGACAAUCAGAUUGGAAAACACUCUUUCUCAGUGUCAAUUUAAGGAGCAAGAAAUUAACAAUGAAAUCGAUAAACAGUAUUCAAAUUGUAACAGUAUUGACAAACAGAUUUGCACAAAUAAGCAUAAGGACAAAAUAAUAAUAAAUGAAAGUUAUAAUCCGGAAUCUUUUAACAAUUACCAGUUUGAUAAUUCAAAAAAAAAUGACUCAAAAAUAAAAGUUACUGUAUUGGAAGUGUCUGGUUAUUUGAACAAACAUGAAAAUGAGUGCUCAAAUAAAGACUCUAAAAGACCUAAGUCAUGUGAACAAAAUACUCAACUUAAUAGUAUAGAAAAUUAUCUCAAUAAAGAUGGUGAAGGUUUCAAAUGCAAAAAGCCAGAACAAUCGAAAAAUGAACAGGAUAAGAAAGAAGAUCCAAUUGAUGAAAAAUCUCUAAGCUGUUCUCAGAGAAAGAAUAUGAAAGACUGUUUGUCUAUGUGUGAACGACUGAAAAAUAAAGAGGUGUUGCAGAGAACUAUACCACUUAAACACUCAAGUGUCUGGCAGAAACAUAAUUUUCAUUCCUUGGAUGGAACCUCAACCAGAGCCUUUCAUCCUCGAACUGGAUUGCCUCUUCUUUCCAGUCCUGUUCCUCAAAGAAAGGCACAAUCAGGUUGCUUUGAUCUGGAUUCUUCAUUACUGCAUCUGAAAAGCUUAUCAUCUAGAAGUCCUCGACCAUGUUUAAACAUUGAAGAUGAUCCAGAUAUUCGUGAAAAACCAUUUCUGAGUUCUAGUGCUCCACCUAUAACAAGUCUUAGUCUCUUAGGAAAUUUUGAGGAAUCUGUCUUGAACUAUCGUUUAGAUCCUCUUGGCAUUGUUGAUGGCUUUACUGCCGAGGUAGGGGCAAGUGGUGUUUUCUGCCCCACUCAUUUGACUCUUCCAGUUGAAGUGUCAUUCUACAGUGUUUCCGAUGAUAAUGCUCCCUCUCCUUAUAUGGGUGUGAUUACUCUAGAGUCCCUUGGUAAAAGGGGUUAUCGAGUACCUCCUUCAGGAACAAUACAAGUGACCUUAUUUAAUCCUAAUAAGACUGUGGUGAAGAUGUUUGUUGUGAUAUAUGACUUACGAGAUAUGCCAGCCAAUCAUCAGACAUUCCUACGACAAAGAACUUUUUCGGUACCUGUUAAACAAGAAAUGAAGAGAAGUGUUAAUAAAGAGAACAUCCGACAUACAGAAGAACGGUUAUUACGCUACCUCAUACAUCUGAGGUUCCAGAGUUCUAAAUCUGGAAAGAUCUACCUCCAUAGAGAUGUACGGCUCCUGUUCUCUAGAAAGUCAAUGGAAGUUGAUAGCGGUGCUGCAUAUGAACUCAAAUCUUACACUGAAUCACCAACAAACCCUCAGUUUUCACCAAGAUGUUGAUAAGGAGUGACAAUUUAACAUAUUUGCUCAGUAUCCAAGUUUGAAAGUAAAAAUUAGCAUAGAAGGGAGUGUACCAAAUUAACAAGCAGGAGAGUGGAUCCUCUUCUGUUAUCCUGGACCAGUUUUUAUUAAAGGAUUCCUGGAAUGAGAUCCACAUAUUCCAAGUAGACUGGAAACACUCACGUCCUAAUCCUUUUUGUACUGUUGAAACCACUUCAUUGGACAUGUUGCAAUAGCAAACCACCCCCCCCCCCCACACACACACGGUUAGAUUAGUGUUUACAUGUUUUAUUUCUUAGUUAUUUAAUAUUUAAUGUUUUCCUUAAUACUCAAAUGAUGUUUGUCUCUAGUGUUCUAAUGUAGCACAAAUCCUAUGUAAAAUCAUACUAUGUAUUUUUGACAUUAAUGUUGAAAUCUGAAAUAUAUGCACAAGUCUUUUAA